AUGGCGAACGCAAUUCAGUUUUUUGAGCUGAACACCGGCGCCAAGAUGCCUUCCGUUGGGUUAGGCACAUAUCGCGCCGAUACUCAUCUCAUCGGCGACGUCCUCUCCGCUGCCAUUAAGGUUGGAUAUCGCCAAAUCGAUUGUGCUCAAAUGUAUGGCAAUGAGAAGGAGAUUGGUUUUGCUCUGAAGAAGCUGUUUAGCGAUAGGGCGGUGAAGCGUGAGGACUUAUGGAUCACCUCCAAACUCUGGUGUACUGAUCAUGAACCAGAUGAUGUGCCAAAGGCAUUUGAUAAAACUUUGGAGGAUUUGCAGCUUGACUAUCUGGAUCUCUAUCUUAUCCACUGGCCAGUGAGCAUGAAAAAGGGGUCAGUUGGCUCUGAUCCUCAAAACCUUACCCAACCUAAUAUACCCAGUACAUGGAAAGCAAUGGAGGCACUCUUUCACUCUGGCAAGGCCAGGGCUAUUGGAGUCAGCAACUUCUCUUCAAAGAAGCUUGGAGAUCUGUUAGAGGUGGCACGAAUACCUCCGGCUGUUAAUCAAGUGGAAUUGCACCCUCACUGGCAGCAACCGAAGCUGCACACUUUCUGUAAAUCUAAGGGAGUCCAGUUAUCUGGCUAUUGUCCAUUGGCAAGGAAUAAGGUCCUUAAGAAUUCUAUUGUGAACUUGGUGGCAGAAAAACUGGGCAAGACUCCUGCCCAAGUGACUCUUCGAUGGGGGUUACAAAUGGGUCACAGUGUAGUGCCUAAAAGCACGAAUCAGGCAAGGAUACAGGAAAACUUUGAUCUUUUUGAUUGGUCUAUACCCGACGACUUGUUUGCCAAAUUCUCUGAAAUUAAGCAGGAGAAGCUUGUUCCAGGAACUGGUUUUGUACAUGAGACUUUGGGUGCGUACAAGACCCUUCAAGAACUGUGGGAUGGCGAGUUGUGA